AUGGAGCCUUCAAGGUCUGUACGAAAAGCUUCCAGGUUUCCUUUUCAUCCAAAGGUGGAUGAACUUGCACAACCAAAUGGGGUCUUCGCCUUUGCAACAGAUGAGUCCCCUCGAAGUUCCGGUAGUAUUCCAGGUGAGAGAACAAGUUGUGGGGUAAGUGGUAUAGUUACUCCUUCCGGUGAACUUGCCCCAGGCGCACUGACAGGAAAUUAUAAAGGAACGCGGAGUUCGUCUAAUGAUGAUUUCUCGGUGGUGGUGCUUGCUUCCGAUUUGGGUAUAGACGCCCGUCCUUUCUUAUCCGACCACGACACUGAAAUCGAAGACCAAGACCACUGGCACGACUGUCCCCAAGAUUUCUCCGAUGAAGAUUUCUCCGACCUCGAUUUCCUCCAGUUCUUCCGACGUCAGGGAUCCGAUAAAUCCGGUAACCGCAUCAUCGGAAAGUAUUUUCCCGCUCCAGUUGUUAGUGGGGGAGCGACUGAUAUACACCACAAGAUAUGCAGUGAAUUGCCUGAAGGUCCAUUCUGCAUAGUUUAUAUGCACAGCACAGUGCAGAAGGAGGAUAACUCCCCUGGUGCUACCAUCUUGAAGUGGAUUUAUGAAGAACUUCUUUCUGAGAUCAAGGAUAGGCUGCAAGUCAUCUACUUUAUACACCCUGGGCUUCGUUCAAGACUUGUCUUUGCCACUUUGGGCCGGUUUCUUUUAAGUGGGGGUUUAUAUUGGAAGAUCAAGUACAUAAGCCGCCUGCAGUACCUAUGGGAUGACAUAAAGAAGGGAGAGGUUGAGAUCCCUGAAUUUGUGCAAAACCAUGACAAUGUUCUUGAGCACCGGCCGCUAACAGAUUAUGGCAUUGAACCGGAUCCUCUCCACUUAACAGAGGUACCUACCACUGCCUACUCAUUGGGGAGGUAUGAAGAGAGAUUGAUCUCAAGAGGAUUCAUGUUAUAGUAUCGAAUUAGACACAGCUAAACCCACUGAAAGGGUUUUCAGCCUCUGGCCGUUAGGAAUUAUCAGGUAAAACAAGAAUCAAGAACUUUAUAUGGCUUUAUAUUGCGUUCCUUUCUCUCUUAGAAACCGCUACGUUGUAAUUACGUAAAUU